GUGCGGUGAUAGAGCUCGCAGAGCGGCUGUGCGGAAGUUCUUUCAUCCGCGCUGCACAGAAGGGGCUUCGCCCUCGAGAUUAGCUAUUCUCGUCCCAAGUUUUCGCUUGGACGAAGGCAAAAGAGGUGGAACUUCUUCGCUCGGUGUUUUAAAUUGAAUUCUGCCGUUCGCUACAAGUUAGCGCCCAUUACCGUCGGGUAAUGGCAAGGCCAAGCCACAGUGAGCAUGUACUGCAGCAGCUUAACAACCAAAGGGAGUGGGGUUUCCUCUGUGACUGCUGCAUUGCCAUAGGUGACAUUUAUUUCAGGGCCCACAAGGCUGUGCUGGCGGCCUGUAGCUCUUACUUCAGAAUGAUGUUCAUCCGGGAUCAGCAGGGCACUGCACGUUUUGAUCUCAGCAACAUGCAGAUCAGCGCAGAGUGCUUCGAUCUCAUCCUGCAGCUCAUGUACCUCGGCCGAAUCGUCGUGGAUCACUAUGAAUUCGAAGAGCUGAAAUCAUCUAUGGCCUACCUACAAAUGUACUACAUCCCCGACUCACUUGAGGACCUCCGAGACAUCCGAACAUCCAAUCUGACCCCCUCGUCCUCUGCAUCGUCCUCUUCGUCAUCCAGCUCCUCGUCCUCAUCCAGCGUGGUGGGAAGCAAGAUGAUGUUCGGCGUUCGAAUGUUUGAACAGCAGCGACCAAGCCCUUCUGAGAAUGAACGUGCACCAAAAGCCUCAACCACAACUGCUCGUCAGACCAUUAACAUCUCAACUGUCAGGCCUGCUGAAGAUGUGGUCAUACCACACCCUCCGCCACACUCAGAGACCGUUGUAGACCAGCCGUGCGACUUGAGGAAGAGAACAUCAGGCCGAAGCUCUGCCAUGAAGGAGCGUCCUCGAUUUGGUCGUACAUACACUUGCGAUGAUUGCGGUUUUGUGUUCAGCUGUGAAAAGUUGCUCAUCGAACACAUCCUCACGUGCACCAAUCGCAAAGCUUUCCAAACACCAAAGGUCAGCAAAGAUGCUUACAGCGAUGCUGGCAAAGCUGAGAGUUCGACCUCAGAGGGUACAGAUGAACACAGAAUGGUUUGCAAGGGUGAAGAGGACUGGUCAGACCACAAGCCAGACACAGAAACCGUGAUCAGGUCCGUUUCCACUGGCAUGGACGGCGAAGCUGCCUUCUCCAGAAAUAUAACCAUUAAAGUCGAACGAGAUGACGAUUCUGAGACCGAUUUGGAAACGAUAAAAGUCGUAAAGGUAGGGAACCUUAACGUAGGGAGCUGCAAAGUUCGUACCAGAGCGUACAAAGACAAUCUUGCAGACCAGAUGAAGUUUGACAGCGAAGAAGAGGCCGGAGUAUCCGCCAUGGAUGCCUUGGAGGGUCAAAGCACAGGGAUAGAUACAGAUCCAAAGGUGCACAAGAUCAAGGAGGAAAAGCAAGAUGGCGCAUGCAUUCCGUGUGAGUUGUGCGGAGCCCUGUUGACGGAGGAGGAUCAGUCCGCUCAUUACAUCUCCAACCACAUGGGACAUAUCUGUGCCUGUGGAAGGUGCGGCCAAGUGCUUAUUAAAGGCAGGCAGCUGCAGGAGCACGCAGAGCGUUGUGGUGAACCCCAAGGGGCCGAGACGGACUCCCCAGGUGAGGAUUCGCUUCUACUUGAAGAUGCCGAAGCUAUGGAAGAAAGCUUGCUGGAAGGAGCCGACCUGGGCUUUCGAUGUCCACUCUGUGGGAUGAUAUUUGAAAGCGAAAGUCUUGCUGUGGAGCACACGUUGGCUUGUCCGGAGCAGGAGCCGUUCCGGCCCGUUCUGUUGGAAGACAGUGGUGAGCCAGAUCAUCGGCGCAAGCAUUUCUGCGCAAUUUGCGGCAAAGGCUUUUACCAAAGGUGUCAUCUACGGGAGCACUACACUGUGCACACCAAGGAAAAGCAGUUCACCUGUCAGACCUGCGGGAAACAGUUUCUGCGCGAGCGGCAGCUGCGGUUGCACACUGACAUGCACAAGGGAAUGGCGCGGUACGUCUGCCCCGUGUGUGAUCAGGGUACGUUCCUUAAACACGAUCACGUGCGACACAUGAUCUCUCACCUGUCUGCCGGAGAGACUAUCUGCCAGGUGUGCUUCCAGAUUUUCCCCAGCGGUGAGCAUCUGGAGAAGCACAUGGAUGUGCAUCUGUACAUCUGUGGCGUUUGCGGAGAGAAGUUCCGUCUCCGCAAAGACAUGCGGAGCCACUACAACUCCAAGCACACCAAGAGACAAUGAGAGGCCUCUCUCUACAACCCUUGAAUUUUUUAAAUAAGCCAUACUGUAAAUGUGAGAACAAAUCUAUGCACUUAGACACCAAUUGUAACCUUUACAACUGCACUUUCUAUGUGUAUGCAAAUUCUGGAUGUGUUGCUCAAUGUUUUUGGUGGGAUAUAGUGCCUCAAGCUCUUGUCUUCAUUUUCUUAUACUUCGAUAUGGAUAUCCAGACACUGGUUGAAGGGAACCCUGGGUAUUAAGACUUGUGUGGUCUAAUAGAAUGUAAAUGAAGUCUCUUACUGAAAUUUUUACGUUAUCUAAAAAAAUCCACAUUGUUUUAUACAUAUUUGAGACUAAGGAGGGCGUCAUUAUUUCGAUGACGAGAAAUGGUUGCACUCGUUGAGCUACUGGCGCUACGUGAUGUUCUUUUUACGCAACAUAACUUGGAAUACAAAAUUUAGAAAAUACUGAUAUGAUGACCACAGCUACUGAAAGAGCUUACAGGUUACCAAAUGCUGUAUCAUCAUUUUUUUUUUCCCUACAAGGAGUCUAAACUCCCCCAGAUUUCGAGUGAAGUCCACACUGAGGAACUCCUUCAGUGACUCCAGUGUCAUGACAAGCAUCAGCAUGUUUAGAUCCUGCCAGGAUGUCAUCUAGUGUUUCUUGUCUCUGCCGUUAGGGUUAGGGUUAAGCUGUGGUCUUCUAAAAGCUUCA